AUGUUCAGACUCGAUGGUGGCGGAGGCGGCGGUGAUGAUGAUGAUGAUGAUGAUGAUGAUGAUGGGUAUAUGAAAAUGAUAAGCAAGGGACAAACAGGUAGAAAGCUAUCUAUGAAAUGA